CCACUUUCCUACGUGCCUUUUUGAAUAUCUCGGUUGUAAAGAUGUCUCAUGAUCACAUGAACAGCUCCAUGUUGCCAACCACGCAUCCUCCUGAACAUCACCACUCGAUGGCAGCUUCAGGACAUGAUCAUGAAUCUGGCAUGAUGAUGAUGAUGGCAAUGACUUUCCACUUCAGCUAUCAGAAUGUGCCAUUGCUGUUUUCUGGACUUAUAAUCAAUACUCCGGGAGAAAUGGCUGGUGCUUUUGUGGCUGUCUUCUUCUUGGCCAUGUUUUAUGAAGGCCUUAAGAUUGCCCGAGAGUGUCUACUCCGAAAAUCCCAAGUCAACAUUCGCUACAACUCCAUGCCAGUGCCAGGUCCCAAUGGCACUAUCUUGAUGGAGACGCACAAAACUGUUGGACAACAGAUGCUGAGCUUCCCUCACCUCCUGCAGACGGUACUGCACAUCAUUCAAGUUGUGGUCAGUUACUUCCUCAUGCUGAUCUUCAUGACGUACAAUGGAUACCUCUGCAUAGCUGUGACAGCAGGGGCAGGGAUGGGCUAUUUCUUCUUCAGCUGGAAAAAGGCUGUUGUUGUGGAUAUCACAGAGCACUGCCAUUAACCUGGAUGCUGCCCAGAAGCCUCUCUACCCCACUGCUCUCUUGAAGUGCAGCCGUCAUGAGGACUGGAUCGUUCCUAAACUGAAAGAAAAUCAAUAUAAAGAAAAUCAACUGGAGUUCACCACAAGUUCCUAUUUGGGCUGUAGGGAUGUGAGCAGCUGGGGUAUGCUGCUCCCCCUUGCUGCAGGCUGGCAGCAGGGUUGACUCUUGAGGGUCCCGUGGUAGCCGUUCUUGGCUAGGAUUUGCUUUAUUCUUAGAUUACGCUGUGAUUGAAA